GAGAGACAGCACAGAGUGCUCGCUGGGCUCUGCUGCUCCUGAGAGUGCAAAUAAGUUGCAAAGAGGUGUAUGCGAACGUGGUGGAGGUUGAUGCCUAGGAAUGGGCUCUGACAUCCAUUGCUGGAACCCACGAGGCAGCAGGUCCUGCCUGCUGUGCCCUCACCACUUGGGAGACUGGCCAUGGAUACCCGCUGUGGGGUUCUGCAGGGAAGCCCUGAGCAAGCUCAGCCUUGGCUUUUCCUUUCAGAGAGAUGAGAGAUCUCUGCUGGGACUUUCCUACCAUCCAGCUGACAGUCUCAGCUCUGUGGGAAGGAGCAGGAACUAAUUAAGCACAUGACCUGUCAAAGCUUAGUGAUCAUUUCUUUCUUUAGGGCAGACCCCUGUGCAUUUAGAGCCGCGUAGCCUGGCACUGUCUCCCACAGCAGCGUGUGCGCACAGGAUCAGUCAGCAGGCUGUCUCGGGCUGUGCAUCAGAGCUCCUGCGACUGCAGAGAGCCAGCUCUCAUGGCCCUUGGCCAGGGAGAACCCGCAGCCUCUCCCAGCAGGCUCCCUCCCAGAGGACAGCCUCUGGACACGGCUGGAGAUCAGCACUGGGGUCACACAAGCUGCUUCAAUUCAUCUCUCGCCCCUUGUGCGUGUGAGCGUGCCCUAGGCCGGCACUCUGCCAGAGGAAGGGUCUCUGUCACGCAGCAGCCCAUCGCUUGCACCGAGACUGCUGGCACAUAAAAUACAGUCACCUCAGGAGAUGGAAGCUCUCCAUGCUCUCACAGUGCUAGAGACCUGUGUGAAUAACUGCGGUGAAAGAUUUCACCAUGAAAUAGCAAAAUUCAGGUUUCUGAACGAGCUGAUUAAAGUGCUUUCCCCAAAGUACUAUGGAACCUGGUCUUCAGAAAAAGUCAAGUCAAGAGUCACAGAAGUAAUAUUCAGUUGGACAGUCUGGUUUCCUCAGGAAGUUAAAAUCCGGGAUGCUUAUCAGAUGCUGAAGAAACAAGGGAUUGUAAAAGAAGACCCCAAAGUGCCAGAAGACAAAAUUUUACCUCCCCCUUCCCCGAGACCUCAGAAUUCUAUUUUUGACACAGAUGAAGAGAAAUCCAAGCUCUUAGCAAGGCUUUUAAAGAGCAACCACUCUGAAGACCUGCAGGCUGCCAACCGUCUGAUCAAGAGCAUGAUUAAAGAGGAACAAGAAAAGUCAGCUAAGGUGUCCAGAAGAGUGAAUACCAUCACUGAGGUUUCUGAGAAUGUUAAACAUAUGGAUGAAUUACUGGAAAACUACAAGAGGCAAGAAUUAUCCAAAUCUGACCACGAGACCCUACAGACUCUGUUUCAACGCUGUGAGAAGCUCAGGCCGCUGCUCUUUCGCCUUGCCAGUGAGACAGUUGAUGACGAUGAGGCUCUAGCUGAGAUACUGCAGGCCAAUGACAAGCUCACACAGGCGCUUGGACAGUACAGGCAGGUUGUAGCAAGCCAUGAAAAUGGUGGUGGAGGAAGUUCAGCCACCAACUCUGCUGAUGCACCAGCAUGCCGGCCAGCCCCAAGACGCAUGAAGAGCUAUACACUGAUUGACUUCUCUGAACUGGAGGCGACGUCCCAGUCCCCUACAGACCAAUUUGCAGACAUAACCACCACCUCCCGCCACGGCAGCACAACCUCUACCUGUCUGCUCGAUGAGGAGUUCAAGUCAUUAGGUCUCAGCAACUCUCCUGUUGAACAGAAACCACCACCCGAUUUUGGCUUAGCAGAGACUGCUGUACACAAUGGAUAUGGUGAAAUCGUAAGUGCUGUUCAAACGCUGGGACUGCAGGAGAGCUGGGAAGACAGCUCUUCAGAGAAGAAUGAAUUUCAGGGCCUGGGCGAUCAGCUCUCUCCACCAUCCAGGAGCAAGACGUUAUCCUUGGAUUUAUCACCAAUGAAAUUGCCCUUUCCAGAUCUUCCAAAUAGCUCAAUGGCAGAUACUUCAUUCUCCAGCCUAGGCUACGAGCUAAAGCCUGCUGCCUCUUUGCAUCCAGCUUCUCAUGAUGCUUCUCUAGAAAACCUUUUUGUCCCUUUAAUUUCAAUCACACCAAGCAGUAUCUGUCCACUUACUGUGUACGAUAAGAAUGGUUUCAAGGCUAUGCUCCACUUCUCCAGAGACCCUGCUCCUGGCCGACCAGAUGUGCUGGUGAUGGUUCUUUCCAUGCUGAGCACAUCAGCUCAACCAAUUAAGGACAUAGCAUUCCAGGCUGCAGUUCCAAAGACCAUGAAAAUAAAGUUACAGCCAGCAUCCGGUUCUCAGCUGCCUGCCUUCAGCCCUUUCCUCCCCCCUGCGGUGGUAUCGCAGGUCCUGCUCCUUGCCAAUCCGCACAAGGAUCCCAUCCGUCUGAGAUACAAACUAGCGUUCACGCAAGGUGUGCAGCCCUUCAGUGAGGUGGGAGAGGUGACUGGCUUCCCAGAAGCAGAGCUCUGGGGCAGGAGCUGAAGUUCAGCAGGGUUGGACAUUGCCACGUUGCCUUAGCGGUGGAUGGGGAGGGACUGUGUGCCAGCAACACCAGCCUGGACUCUGUAAUGGCUCCUUUCCUUGGGAUCCGCCAUCUCCUUCUUCCUUUUGGUUUCUGUGCAGGUGUCUGGCAGGAGGAGUGUAAGCUGGCUGCUUCUGCCACAGCCUUUUUCUGUAGCUGACCCUGCAUUAUAGGAGAGCCUUGCAGUCCGGGAGCCUUAAUGCUUCUUCCCUACAAGUCUUUCCUGCUGCUUUCUGGGCCAAUUUUCCCUCUACCCUGACACUUUUAAUUUUUGAAUUAAAAACAACAACAAAAAAGCAAUCCUAUACCAACAAUCAGUCCUUGUGGCAGACCUCUCGCAGCCAGGAUCUGUUCCCGGGGUGUACCCACCUCGUCCUCACUGCAGGAGGAAUGGUGGGAGCCGGGCUACCUGGACUCUGCUGGAUGUGGUUUAUAGGGAAAGGGACAAAAUGGAGAAAAGGGAGUAAACGACGGGCAUCCUUGGGGACCAGCCUGGGAUAAAAAACUGCCGAGAGUCUCCCGCCUCAGGAGACCCUUCCACGACUCU